UGUGAUGAAAUCCAACCGAGUCGAACCGAACCACUAGAGAAGUGUAAAGGGCCGUCCGUAGUUGGAAAAACUCUACCCUACCAUUUCUCCGGCUAUGAACCGACUUCGCGCAGCCCUCCGUCACCGCCGCACUAAUCUUCACGGCGCACUUCGGCGAUGCCUCCACUACAAGGCACCAAAGUCACCGCAGCCACCGUCACCUGCGGCGCCGCCGAAGCCUCCAAAGAAGCCACAGAGCUUCUCAAUGCACGAGCUCACUUGGGAAGAUCCUUACAGUUGGAUGUCAAGCUUGAACGACAAGGUAGCGAUGCGCCAUAUGGACGUUUACAUGGAGCAGGAGGAGAAGUACACGGAGGCUGUAAUGGCCGGCACAGAACGCCUCCAGAGUAAGCUCCAGUCUGAAAUGGCGUCUCGCUUGGCUUUCGAUCUCUCAACUCCUCCACUUCGCUGGGGACCUUGGUUGUAUUAUCGAAGAGUUGAAGAAGGAAAGCAAUAUCCUGUUCUCUGCCGCAGAUUAGCGAGCUUACAUGAAGAGUUUAUUUCCAAUAAAUCUCCUUCUGCUGGAUUCGAUUAUGUUUCUGGCAAGAAAAUCGAGCAGAAGUUGAUUGACUAUAAUCAAGAAGCUGAGAGAUUUGGAGGUUAUGCGUAUGAGGAACUAUCAGAAGUGUCUCCAGAUCAUCGCUUUCUUGCAUACUCUAUGUAUGACAAGGACAAUGACUACUUCAGAUUAUCUGUAAAGAAUUUGAGUUCUGGUUCUUUAUGUAGUAAACCUCAAGUGGAUCGAGUUUCUAAUUUGGCAUGGGCCAAAGGUGGUCAGGCAUUGCUCUAUGUUGUCACUGAUCAAAAUAAAAGACCAUGUAGAUUGUAUUGUAGCUUGAUUGGAUCAACUGAUGAAGAUAUUUUGCUUCUGGAAGAACCAGAUGACGAUGUUCAUGUUUAUAUAAGACACACAAAAGAUUUUCGCUUUGUGACUGUUAAUCGGUUCUCUCCUACAUCUUCCAAGGUCUUUCUGAUUAAUGCUGCUGAUCCAGUAUCGGGUAUGAAGCUAAUUUGGGAGUGUGAAGGAUUGGCCCAUUGCAUAGUGGAACAUCAUCUAGGAGAUCUUUAUUUGUUUACGGAUGCUAGUAAAGGUCAUGAACCUGUAGAUUCUCAUUAUCUUCUUCGAAGCCCUCUUAAGGUUGACUCCAUUCCAAGAACAUGGGAGCAUGUAUUUGUUGAUGACCCCGACUUGGUGAUCGUGGAUGUUGAUUUCAGUCAUAUGCAUUUGGUGCUUAUACUUAGGGGAGGCGGGAAAUUUAGACUCUGUGCUGUUCGUCUACCCUUGCCUGUUGGUGGAAAGGGACCAAUCAAUCUCAAAGAACUUGAACUACAAUUUCUGCCCCUUCCUAAGCAUGUAUCUCAGAUUUCCUCAGGACCAAAUUAUGACUUCUAUUCAUCAACAAUGCGAUUUACUAUUUCAUCGCCUGUGAUGCCUGAUGCUGUAGUUGAUUAUAACCUAUCAGACGGAAAAUGGAAUAUCAUUCAACAGCAAAGCAUUCUUCAUGAAAGAACACGAAUUCUAUAUGGAACAGCUUCCUCUGCGGGAGGAUCGGGAAAAGUUUCUAAUGCAUUGGAGAACUCUGUGGAUGAAGCCAACUUUGAUGAUGAUCAGAUGUGGAACAGCCUUUCUGAAUAUUAUGCUUGUGAACACUUCAAUGUCUCAUCAGAUGAUGGAGUUUUGAUUCCUUUAACCAUCGUAUACUCUUACAAGUGUAAGAAAGAAAAUGAAAACCCUGGAUUACUUAAUGUACAUGGAGCUUAUGGUGAGCUACUUGACAAACGGUGGCGGAGCGAGUUAAAAAGCCUUCUCGAUCGUGGUUGGGUCAUUGCAUAUGCUGAUGUUAGAGGUGGAGGUGGAGGGGGUAAGAAGUGGCAUCAAGAUGGUAGGCGUUUAAAGAAGUUCAAUUCAGUGCAAGAUUAUAUUUCAUGUGCUAAAUUCCUCGCCGAAAGAAAGAUUGUAAAUGAGGAGAAGCUUGCUGGUUGGGGCUAUAGUGCUGGAGGACUUUUGGUUGCUUCUGCCAUCAAUCAAUGCCCGGAAUUAUUUCGAGCUGCUAUUUUGAAAGUUCCAUUUCUAGAUCCAAUAAACACACUCCUUCAUCCCAUUAUACCACUAACUCCUGCUGACUAUGAAGAAUUUGGAUACCCUGGGAAUGUAGAUGACUUUCAUGCAAUACGCAGAUACUCUCCCUAUGAUAACAUACAGAAGGAUGUUGCUUACCCUGCUGUUUUGAUAACCUCGUCUUUUAAUACCCGAUUUGGGGUGUGGGAAGCUGCAAAAUGGAUUGCUCGAGUGCGCGAUUAUAGUAUUUAUGAUCCAAAACGUCCAGUAAUUCUCAAUUUAACAACAGACAUAGUGGAGGAAAACAGGUAUUUGCACUGUAAAGAAUCAGCUUUAGAGACGGCAUUUCUUAUGAAGGCGAUGGAAUCGUAGGCUUCAGAGUUCAGAAGAUUAUUAUGCAUAGAAGCUGUUGUGGAAACAUACAGUGAUCAAGAUUAGGUUAGAUUAGAUUAGAAGAGGGUGAAGGUAAAAGUUCCUUUUUGUGAGCGUUGUUCCAAUGGAAUGUUUCCCCUUUUUUUGGUUGAUAAAUUCUAUCGAGGGUUAAAUGACAGACAAGAAGUUACCCUUGUUUAGGCAAAUUAUAAAUACCAGAUACACAUGCUUUACAGCCCUGCGCUA